UUGCUUGUUAGUCUGAGAGAUGACGAAAUUCGCAGCUGUAACGGUCAUUCUUGGAGCCAUUAGUCUGUCCGAGGGAGGUCAGAGGGAUCUGAUCUGCCCUCCGGGGACCUACAAGGACUUCGGGACCGGACAGUGCGACCCCUGCGCUCAUAUAUGCGCAUUCAAGGAUAUCACAGGGACUGCCGACGAAUGUCUUGCAAAGUGCCCGGAUUACGGGAAGUCAACAUCUGUGCCCAUUCCGACGACCACGCCCAGCUGUGAUCCCGGAUCCCACUAUGUAAAGAGAUUGUCCAGAUGCGUGAACUGUGAGAAGAACUGCCUGCAGAACAGGAAGAGAAGAAAGGCUGUCGAGUGUCGGGUCUACUGCGCUCAAGAACUUACAAAUAGAGAUCAGCCAACAUCAAUGACCAAUGGCCAUAUUGUAGUUGUUGCUAUUGCCGCUGUCGUCAGCGUCAUCAUCGUCGUUGCUGCCAUUGGCCUGUGGUAUUAUCGACACCUACAACGACGUCCUCGUGGCCAUCAACAGCUACCACAAGAACCUCCUGCAGCUCAUCCCAAUGUGACGUAUAUCCCCAGCCCUGUUCAUGCCCAGUGUGAAGAUUCACCACCCUCCCUCCUUGAUCCGCCCGACGAGAGGUUGCCCACGGAAGAGGAGGAGAAAUUUCCUGUUGCCUUCCCAGAGUUACCCUGCAGCGCCCGACCCGUCAUCACAUCUUCCGGAGGGGGUGACCUGUCCCCCGGCUCCCGACCCGUCACAUCUUCCGGAGGGGGUGACCGAUCCUCCAGCUCAUCAUUGUACACAUCGGCUUGAGGGGUGACUUCUUAUCCCCAGUAGGCCAGUACCCCAUUCGUCAGCAUCCUUCAGCAUCCUUUGAGGAUCUUCAGAGCUGAAUCUUUGACUGUGUUACCACUUCGAACUUUCUAGGCAUGUAUUCAAUGGAACAUGUUAAAACAUAAAGUUAUGUUAUGUUACAUGUGCUACCCAGACAAAAAAUAAAGACAGUGUCACGCAUAUUUUCAUAUGACAACUAAACUGUAUAGGCUGUUAGUAUUGCAAUAGCUUUCUACAGCAGUUGUAAGUGGUAUCUUGAGUGAUAUCUUCAGGACCUGUUCAGGGUAGUCUCAUAGUGUAACUUGAUGUUACUAAGUGCGUGUGAUAGUACUGCAGGUUCACAGUGCGUGUUCAGGGUUCAGCUACAUUCCUUACUAUAGUUAACAUGUGUCUACAUCGUGACACAAGUAUGAAUCUAUAAACACAGAAGGGUGUUCAUUGAUCAUUUGAUAUACACCGUGGAUUCAUUCAAAACAUCCGAAUAAGCGUUAUUACAAUUUUCUUAGCUCAUUUACAAAACGACAGUAUUUCUAGAUGUGUAUUAGAAUGAUGGAAUGAUUAUCAAGUUAAGUUCUCACAUUUUUGUACAUUGUUGCUAUUUUUACACACGUACCUAUAUUUUAAUAUUUCAACGUCUUCAGUUUGAAUUAAAUCAUUUAUUGCAUACUAAUGGUAAUGGUGGUGAGAUGCAUAUGUUUGUGUACACUACCAUUGUGGCUCAAUCACCACUUUUACAUGUUGCUGCAAGCAUACCAGUUCAUUACUGUUAUCCAAAACACCGCUGUUCGUCAGUGGAUAUCUCAUUUUCAUGACAAGGGGGCGGUUUGGUAGUCCAAUGGUUAAAGUGUCCUUUCCUCACGCUGAUUACCCUGGUUCGAUUCCCCACAUGGGUACAGUGUGAAGCCCAUUUCUGGUUGGUUUGAAAAUAAGGGCAAAUUAAGGGUUAUUUAUCGAAUGCAGUUUGUGCAGUUCAAGAAUUUUAUGAAUCAUUUUUAUACCAGAUUACAUUGGUGAAUUCCUUCAUAACAUAUAUUGGUUCUAUUUUCUGUUAUUUUCGUUUAACAGUCUAAUCUUUCGAUGUCAUGUGUAGUAAUCAUUAUGACUUUCCAUUCUCCAUUAGUGGUCUAAGACCACCUUAGAGUUAUUCAUUUCCUUUCGG